AUGUCUGCUAACGACUGUGGAAGCGGCGGCGGCGCCCAGACCUACACCGGUCUGCGAAUCGCGUCCAUCUUCAUCAUCUUAGGGACUUCCAUGUUUGGCGCACUUUUCCCCGUCGUCGCUCGCCGAGUCCCUUGGCUGCGCGUACAUAUCCCAUCGACCAUGUUUCUGAUUGCCAAGUACUUUGGUAGCGGAGUAAUCGUUGCGACGGCUUUUAUCCACCUUCUAGAUCCAGCUUUACAAGAACUUAGUUCCCCGUGUCUGUCCCCGGCCUGGCAAGAAUAUCCAUAUGCUCUAGCCAUCUCGCUCGGCAGCAUAUUCGGAAUCUUCGUGAUCGAAAUCUUUGCUUUUCGCUGGGGUACAGAGGUACUUCGCAAGGCCGGUGUUGGAGCUCCUCAAGGACAUAUGCAUGAUAUCGAUGGAGGACGCGGCCAGGAGAUCGAAAAAAUUCAGGGUGACGCCGAAUCCGGUUUGGAAAACUCCUCCCUCGGCAUUGAGGAAACCGACAGCCAGGAAUCAGCCAUUGGACGAAUCCUGGGGGUUAUGAUUCUGGAGUUUGGAGUCCUGUUGCAUAGUGUACUAAUCGGACUUACCCUCGCGGUCGACCCCGAUUUCAAAAUAUUGUUCGUCGUCAUCAUCUUCCACCAAAUGUUCGAGGGUCUCGGUGUUGGCUCCCGACUGGCAUACAUGGAGCUUCCGCGAAAAUACGCAAUGGUUCCGAUCAUCGGUGCUUGUCUCUAUGGGAUAACAACACCAAUCGGCAUUGCGGCGGGUCUGGGCGUACGCACGACGUACAAUCCGAACAGCACUACCGCGAGCAUUGUCAGUGGUGUGAUGGACGCCUUCAGCUCCGGUAUCUUGAUCUAUACUGGUCUCGUUGAGCUCAUGGCGCAUGAGUUUGUCUUCAAUAAGAAGAUGAUCGAGGGGCCUACAAAAAAUUUGGUCCUUGCUCUCGGGCUUAUGAUGCUUGGCGUUGGCUUAAUGGCUCUUCUCGGGAAAUGGGCUUGA